GUAAGAGUGUGUAGAGCGGGUGCAUCCGUGGAGCUCAGUGCCUCGCAGACACACGCAACACCAGCUCUAGUAGUCAUGGCAUUGUAAAAGGAGGGGGGAUGAUAUAAUACAAUAAGAGGAUAAACAGACUCUGAAACGCUGUAAGAUGAUGGGAGUGUUUAUUUAAUAACGACAUGAUUCACUAGAGUGAGGAAAGAUGAGCGAGAUAGUGUAUAGUGGAGAGUUCUUGCCUCACUCCGGGAAAUGUAAUAGUGUAGCGAGUGUUUAGUGAAGUGUUGAGUGAAGUGUAAGCGAGUGUGGAGCAUGAGGGAGGUGGCGGCCAGGGCGCUACAGGGCGGAGUGUGACGCGCAGCUGCGCCUCCUCCCCGCCAUGAUGGCUCUCUUUGGGAUGGUCUGGCUCCUCAAGGUCCGCAAGCACUUGCGCCACUGCGCCCACUGCCGGGCUCACCUGAGGACUUGUGCUCACUGUCGAGCACGACCUUCACCCUCGCUGCCGUCCAUUGUCAAUUCCAGAGACUCGACCAAGGAGUCGUGCGCACAGGACACUGCCUCGCAGACCUCCCCUCCAGAGCACGAGCGAGGCAGGAUCACCUUGGACCUGGUGGCCCACCGCCCUCCCCGGGACGAUGACAGUGACGACCCCGAUGUGGCCAGUGGGGAUGGCAGGGACAAGGACGAUACUAGGACGAAGGAAGACGAACACCAGGCGGAGAAUGUCGAAAGCUCCGAAGACUCGAGUCAAUACCUGUACACGGGGCGAGUGUCUCGCACUUUACCUGCUCCCCCGCCCCGAAGUCCCGCCCCGCUACCUAGGGAAGGCCUCAGGUCACCCCGAAGACCUCACGAUCCAGCGAUAAGCGUAGCACAGCAACCGUGUGAGAGCGUGGCCGGCUCGCUAGCCAGCCGGGUGUGUAGUAUGUAUGGGCAGGAGCGUGACGAGCCAGCUUGCGAGCGGCGCAGAUCUUUCAGCUCGCUGAAGAGGCGCAGUCUUCCCGAAGGCGAGGAAGUGGAGGGCGUGGGCGUGAGGACCGCUACUCUGUCCCGCCAGGGGUCCUCAGGAGCGGGGUACCGCUUCUAUUACACGCCGGGGCACACCCACCCGUACGCCUGCCCACCCCUAGCCGGCUCCUCGCCCCACCUGCCUCUCUACACCCACCAGGACCCCCAUACCCCGACCCCCACAACCCCUCACACCCACACUACACAGGCUGCCCAUCAUCAGCGAGAGACUCACCCCGCCCACCACCCUAGGGAUGCCCCACAGCCCGCCCACCACCCGCGGGACGCCCUACAGCCCGCUCACCACUCGCGAGACGCUCCACAGACCGCCCACCACCCACAGGUGACACUGGACCCCCGCUACCUACCUGGAGAGAGCCUGAAGGGAGCAUAUGGAGGUUCUGACUCCAGUCGUAGCUCCCACAGCGGCUCCAGAAGCACUUACAGUGAUCAAAGUCUGCCACCACCCCUCCCCUUCUCUGAGGGGGCAGUCUACUUCCUCCCCACACCGGCUUCCACCCAUGCCCCCGCCUCCACCCACGCACCGGCCUCCACCCACACCCCCACCCCCGCCUCCACCCACGCCGCUACCCAGUACCACGCCAUCUACAAAAUGAAGGAGAGACUCAGAAGUGUACCUGUUCGCAGAUGA